GUGAUUCCACGUUCACAGAGUCGCAAGCGUGCCGUUUCGCCGGCAGCGUAUUCGAUUAUCGCAGCCUAAGCGAGCGAGUCGCGAUAUAACUUUCUUCGAACUUCAAGUUUGUGUUUAUAGUGUUUAAAAAAAAAACAAAUAAAAUAAAAAUAUAUAAAGUCUGGCAGCAUACGAGAUGGCUACUGGAAACAGAUAGCUUGGAUCGGACGAAAUUGUUUGAAUAAUUAGUUGGAAGAAUAAUUGAAUUUCAACAAGAGGUCACAAUGGUGAACGUUGUUACGACGGUAGAUAACAACAUGAACAACACAAAUAACAAUCAUAAAGAGAUGAAACCCGGUGCUGUUGACAUCGAAAAAAGCAAACAGAACAGUGAUUCGGAUGGAGUGUCUUGGGGAAAAAUAUUAUACGUGUUGCUGUCGCUAGCAGUUAUCGUGAUAGCCUGUGGCGUUGCCUGGGUAUUCCAGGACUGGCUCACCAGUCUUAUCAUCUUCGUUGUACUUUUGGUGGUAUUCACCGUUGGCUAUUUCUGGAAAUGGCUGUACAUCGCGGCCAGAACUGCUCCUAGAGAUUUUUCGGCACUGUGGUGUUAUGUUAAAAUCCUGAGACUUUCGGGUAACUUUGGUAAGAAGAACUGGUCAAUGCCCGAUAUAUUCCAUGAAAAUGUAAAGAGACAUCCGAACAAAGCAUGCUUUCUUUAUGAGAACGAGUCAUGGUCCUUUAAACAGGUCGAAGAAUUCAGUCUUCGUGUUACGGCAUUACUUAAGAAUCAUGGUGUGAAACGUGGAGAUGUUGUCGGCGUAAUGAUGAAUAACUGUCCGGAAUUGCCGGCGACGUGGCUAGGCGUAGCUCGCAUGGGAGGCGUGUCGCCUCUCAUAAACACGAACCAAACCGGAAACGCUCUCCUCCAUUCAGUUAACGUUGCGAAAUGUAACGUUGUGAUAUACGGAAGCGAGUUUCAGAGUGCAUUCGAUGAAAUAUCAAAUGAAAUAAAUCCAGCAAUAAAACUGUAUAGAUACAACCGGAGACCUCUAAAUGCAUCAGGUGAUGCUGUUAGGGUUGUAGAAUCGGAAAACGAUUUCACUCAUAUGUUGGAGACUACACCUCCUGCCCCGUGGAGUCUUUCUGAAGGAGAAGGCUUCACCGGAAAACUCCUAUAUAUAUACACGUCAGGGACUACUGGACUGCCCAAAGCAGCAGUUAUAUCUCCGUCAAGGAUGGUGUUCAUGGCAUCGGGCGUACAUUAUUUAGGUGGAUUGAGAAAAAACGAUAUAAUGUACUGUCCAAUGCCUUUGUAUCAUUCAGCUGGAGGGUGUAUUUCAGUUGGUCAGGCCUUCAUAUUCGGGUGUACUGUAGCUUUGAGAGCGAAAUUUUCGGCGUCUGCAUAUUUCCCGGAUUGCAUUAAAUUCAAAGCAACGGCCGCUCACUACAUUGGGGAGAUGUGUCGGUAUAUCCUAGCAACACCUCCGUCCGCAACUGACAGGCAACACAAAGUUCGAACCGUAUACGGCAAUGGAAUGAGGCCAACCAUCUGGACAGAAUUCGUUAAACGCUUCAACAUCAAACGUGUCGUCGAGUUUUAUGGCGCAACAGAAGGCAACGCAAAUAUCGUAAACAUCGACAACAAGACAGGUGCAAUAGGAUUUGUAUCGAGAAUCAUUCCCGCAGUUUACCCGAUAGCGAUUCUCAAGGUUGAUCAAGAAACUGGCGAACCAAUCAGGAAUUCCAAAGGACUUUGCCAGCUAGCAAAGCCGUAUGAGCCAGGAGUAUUUAUUGGCAAGAUUAAACCUAACAAUCCAUCAAGGGCGUUCCUGGGUUACGUGGACAAAGAAGCAUCUGAGAAGAAAAUAGUUAGAGACGUAUUUAACAUCGGCGAUUCUGCGUUUAUAUCAGGUGACAUCCUGGUGGCGGACGAAUUAGGUUAUCUGUACUUCCGCGACCGCACUGGAGACACGUUCCGGUGGCGCGGAGAGAACGUCUCCACCACAGAGGUCGAGGCGGCCGUGUCUAGAUGUGCCAAUCAAAGGGACGCUGUAGUCUACGGUGUAGAGAUUCCGAAUACGGAAGGUCGGGCUGGCAUGUGCGGCAUAGUGGACAUUGAAGGCACGUUGGACCUGGAUAAACUCGCCAAAGAUAUUGCGAAAGACCUGCCUAAAUACGCGAGGCCAAUAUUCAUUAGAAUAAUGACCAGCGUUGAUAUGACAGGAACAUUCAAAAUGAAGAAAGUGGAUUUACAAAAAGAAGGUUAUAAUCCAUCAACUGUGAGCGACAAAAUGUUCUUCUUUGAACCAAAACAGAAUAAGUACGUGCCCUUAGGAGUUGAAGAAUACGAAAAGAUUAUAUCUGGUGAAAUUCGGCUAUAAUUUUUUGUUACGAUUACAAGUGGACAUUUGUUUUAAUUGUAUAUUGAUAGAUAAAUAAUUUGUAAUAUGUAGUGGGAUUAUAACUGAAUAUUGUAUGUGAAUUGAAUGUUAAACAUACCUAUCUGAACUACUGCAUUUUUGCUUUUUAUUUAUUACAAUUAUAGUUCGGUCAAUAUAAUCAUAAUGUGCAGAUUUUCAUACAUAUUUUCAUAUUUCUUCUAUAGCUCUCACAUUUUUUUUAAAAGUUUGAAAUAUUUAUAAUUUCGAUAGUCAACUUUAAAUUCAUAUACCUAAUUUAAAGGAAGUGCAGACAGUUGUAUUGUCAAAGACAAGUCAUAAUGGUUUGCUUAGAGUACCAUAAUUUCAAAAUUAAUCCAUGAAAUGAUUGUUUCAUUGAUUGUAUGAUUGUAUCUGUAUACGAUGCGUAUCCGUAUACGAUUGUAUCCAUCCAGCUAAGUAAUUGAAUGAUCUACCCGUGGUCGUAAUAUACUAUUCAGAAGAAUAUUGCCAACAAUUGUUUAGCCUAAGAAACGAACUAGACGCCAGUACUUAUAUUAGUAUAGUUUUGGGUCAAUUAAUUUAUUGAUUUGUAAAAAUUUGUGAUAAUAAAUAUAAAGUUCCAUUUAAUUUUAUAUAUUAUUUGUUA